CCCAGUAUGACACUUUCUUCAUGCACGGUUUGAAAUAUUCUGUCCUGUGACCAUCCCAAAGUGCAGGGGAGGCAAAACGCCUGAUUUUUGGUCAAACCAGAGAAGCUGUCAAACCGGCAAUUUUCCAACCGUCCGUGACUGUCUUUUACGACACAACAUUGCUCGUUGGGUCCUCUCAACUUUUGUACCUGAGCUUCCUAACAUGUUCUCUGCCAUUCGAACUACCUCACAACUCACAAGCGCUUGCUUGGCCAGGAAUCUUAGAAUUACCAAUGCUACAACACGAUCAUUCCACUGUUUACCUCCGAGAUUCCAAGUCGCACAACCAGGAGCUGCUGCUGCUGCUGGCUCCAAAGAAAGUGCAACCAACAAGGCUGAACGUACUAUGAAGCGUUUCUGGAAAAAGGCUUCGAUUAAAUUGGAUGAUGAAAAGUACGUCGUACAAUUGGACGGUCGCAACCUUCGAACGCCUUCCAAGAACAAAAUUAUGUUGUCUGCUGAUCGUAAGCAAUUGGCCCAACUGCUUGCCGCAGAAUGGGAUGGUCAACUCUCGAACUUGAAGCCACACUCACUACCUUUGACAUCUCUGUUGUCUCGAGCCAUUGACGGUCUUGACAUUGGAGCUGCAGAAGAUCCCUCAAUUCGCCCACAGGUCAUUGAUAAGUUGAUGUCCUACCUUGAAACAGAUACUAUAUGCUUCCACGAAGAUUUCCCUGAAAUAUUGGUCCAAUUGCAAGCCCAACAUUGGAAGCCAAUUCUUCAAUGGAUUGAAAAGCAAUACGAUGUGGAGUUAAAAGUCACUGACGGUAUCUUCCAAGUGAACCAGCCGCAAGAGACAAAGGAUACUUUGAGAAAGUCAGUUACUGAUAUGGACCCGUUGGAGCUCGCCGCAUUAGAAAGAGCCGUCAUCAGCAGCAAAAGUUUUUUGAUCGGAUUGGCACUUGUCAAGAGAGGUAUCACCGUCGAGCAAGCAGCACAGGCUGCCCAUGUUGAAGUCAAUUCCCAAAUUGAUCGUUGGGGAGAAGUUGAAGACAGCCACGAUGUUGAGAAAGAAUACAUCCGUCAAGCAUUGGGAUCUGUUGCCUGUGUAGUUAUGCACAACCCAAAGCCUUGAAAUUCAUCAAACAUGUAAUGUAAAAAAGAAGAAAAUUAUAUACACAUAUAGAGAAUUCAUCAUCAUAUAUAAGAAACUUUCAGUUAUGAACUUGAGCCUGAUGUUGACGGCAAAUGUAUGAUAUGAUAUCAGACAUGGAAAUAACUCCAUCAAGAGUGUUUUCGGGGCUGACUAUCCAUGCACGAUGAGCUCUUUGGGUCAACAACGACUGCAUCAAGUCGUUUAGUGUUAUAUCCUUGGGCACGGUUAAAGAUUUCGACUUGCCCAGUUCCUAAUCAAAUGGUUACAAUUUGUUCUGAUCAUGGUCA